AUGAAAGAUUACAUUACUGGUGAAAAGCCAUACGAGUGUGAUAUUUGUAAGAAACGGUUUUCUAGAAAGGGUAAUUUGGCUGCCCAUAAAAUGACACAUGGUAAGAUUAGACCAUUUAUUUGCAAACUGGAUAACUGUAACAAAUCGUUCUCUCAAUUAGGUAACAUGAAAUCACACCAAAACAAAUUUCAUCUUGAUACUUUAAAAGUGUUAACCCAGAAGCUAGCAACAAUGGACCCUGAUACACCAAUACCUCAAGAGGAAAGAGAAUUGCUGGAAUAUUUUGCCUCGAUAUAUAAAAACUCCAACAAGGGUAUCAAAGGUAGAGGAAAGGGUAGCACAAAGGUUAGUUUAUCUCCUGAAGCCAUAUCAAGAGCAUCAUCAUCGCCGGUUGAAAAAAGAAGAACCUCUAGAAGGAAAUCAAGCCGGACAAAUAAUGGUGAUAACGUGAUGGCUAAUAUUCCAAGCACUAUUGAUUCUUUGAUGACAAAUGAAAACAUGCAAUCCGUUCAAAAUGGAAUUGCGCAUUCAGAUAAAUCACCAAAUCCAAAUUACAGCUAUUCGCAAUUCCCACCACAAGCUGGCGGGUCAUUGGAUGACUAUCCUGGAGCAUCUGGUUACGUAAAUGGGGCGGAAUCUUCAAACAACUUGAACAAGGACGAAAACUCUGAGACAAACAGCAAGCAAAAUUCAUCGAAUAAUCUCAUGAUGCCAUUGACCAAUGUUUCUGGUUUUUCGUUUUCAUUCGAUAACAGCAAUGAACCUGUGAAUGCUCCCCAAUCGAAUGAGCAACGGUCACAGCUAUCAAAUAUUAGUCAGUCUCCGGUUAACUCUCAAGAGCCUAUCAAGUUCAAAAACAUCAGUUAUAAGAGUUAG